UUGCUGGGCUCCCGGGUGUCCGGCUCCUCUCAGCGGCGCUUGGCCAGUCGCCACCUCUCUGCAGCUUGGGUUGCUUCGGCUGUCCCCAGCGGGGGGAGGGAGGAAGGACGCGGAGGGGGUGCUGCAGGACCCCUGGGCUUUGCGCAGCUGAUGCUCGUCUCCAGCUUCCGGCGGCGCAACCUGUGGUCGUGCGGAGCGCCGCGGUGCUUGCGCACCCGGUUGAGCCCGCAGUUGGUCCUCUCCCGUCCUCUCCGGCUAGUUCGAAGUCUCUGCGGCUCGAGGGCUUUGCGGUGGGGGAGAGGAGAGGCCACUGUGGAGCUCUCGGGAGGUUGGGGCUGACUCAUCUGGAGUCCCCGGCUCUGCUGUGAUUGCACUUGGAAACUUUGCGCUGUGUUUCGGUCUUUGUCUCCCUUGGGGAAGCUGGACGGUAGUUCGGCAGGCCCCGUCUCUGGACAGGACUGCGCACUGGGGGCCAUGGAGUUCACGGCGUCGCCCAAGCCCCAGCUCUCCUCCCGGGCCAACGCCUUCUCCAUCGCUGCGCUCAUGUCCAGCGGCGGCUCCAAGGAGAAGGAGGCCACGGAGAACACCAUCAAACCCCUGGAACAAUUUGUGGAGAAGUCAUCCUGCGCCCAGCCCCUGGGCGAGCUGACCAGCCUGGAUGCUCACGGGGAGUUUGGUGGCAGCAGUGGCGGCAGUAGCAGCCCAGCCUCCUCUUCUCUGUGCACUGAACCGCUGAUCCCCACUACCCCCAUCAUCCCCAGCGAGGAAAUGGCCAAAAUUGCCUGCAGCCUGGAGACCAAGGAGCUCUGGGACAAAUUCCACGAGUUGGGCACAGAGAUGAUCAUCACCAAGUCUGGCAGGAGGAUGUUUCCUACAAUCCGGGUGUCGUUUUCGGGCGUGGAUCCUGAGGCCAAGUACAUAGUCCUGAUGGACAUCGUCCCCGUGGACAACAAGAGGUACCGCUACGCCUACCACCGGUCCUCCUGGCUGGUGGCCGGCAAGGCAGACCCGCCGCUGCCAGCCAGGCUGUAUGUACACCCAGACUCUCCUUUUACUGGCGAGCAGCUACUCAAACAGAUGGUGUCUUUUGAAAAGGUGAAACUCACCAACAAUGAACUGGAUCAACAUGGCCAUAUAAUUUUGAACUCAAUGCAUAAGUACCAGCCACGGGUGCACAUCAUUAAGAAGAAAGACCACACGGCCUCAUUGCUCAAUCUGAAGUCUGAAGAAUUCAGAACAUUCAUCUUUCCAGAGACAGUUUUUACGGCAGUCACUGCCUACCAGAAUCAACUGAUAACCAAGCUGAAAAUAGACAGCAACCCUUUUGCCAAAGGAUUCCGGGACUCCUCCAGGCUCACUGACAUUGAGAGGGAAAGUGUGGAGAGCCUGAUUCAAAAGCAUUCCUAUGCCCGCUCACCCAUCCGCACCUAUGGAGGAGAAGAGGAUGUGCUGGGGGAUGAGGUUCAGACAACACAAAAUCGAGGGUCAGCCUUUACAACAUCUGAUAAUUUGUCUCUCAGCUCCUGGGUAUCAUCUUCAUCCAGUUUUCCUGGAUUUCAGCACCCACAGUCCCUGACUGCUCUUGGCACCAGCACAGCAUCCAUAGCAACACCCAUUCCUCACCCCAUACAGGGUUCUCUGCCACCAUAUAGCCGACUUGGGAUGCCUCUGACCCCAUCAGCCAUUGCCAGCUCCAUGCAGGGGAGUGGCCCGACAUUCCCCUCAUUCCACAUGCCCCGGUACCAUCACUACUUUCAGCAGGGGCCCUAUGCUGCUAUCCAAGGACUGCGCCAUUCCUCUGCUGUGAUGACACCAUUUGUAUGACUCUUCUAAAAACAGGAGGAUCCAAAUCCAGAAUGUGCAAAUGGGUAUGGAAAUAUAGG